ACAGCUGAAGACGAAGCAGACAGCACUUCCACGACCUUCCAUGGCCGCAGUGGAGGUGUUGACGUCGGAGCUUGUUGCUCCGGCUGACGAGACGCCGGCCGGAGCCGUCUGGCUGUCCAACCUCGACCUGGCCGCGCGCCGCGGUUACACGCCCACGGUCUACUUCUACCGGCCGGACGGCGAGCCUGGCGUGUUCGCGGUCGACAUCAUCAAGGACAGCCUCGCCAAAGCGCUCGUGCCGUUCUACCCGCUUGCAGGACGCCUUGGGCUGGACGCCACCGGCCGCCUCCAGGUUGACUGCACCGGUGAGGGCGUCGUCUUCGUGACCGCACGCUCCGACUACGUUCUCAACGACCUGAUCAACGACUUCGUACCGUGCACCGAGAUGCGCGACCUGUUCGUGCCCCGGGAGCUGUCGCCGACCCCGCCAUGCGUGCUCCUGCUAGUUCAGGUCACGUCCCUGCGCUGCGGCGGCAUGGUUCUCGGGUUGGCGGUGCACCACUCACUCGUCGACGCCAGGAGCGCGGCGCACUUCGUCGAGACGUGGGCGAGCAUCGCGCGCGGCUCCACCGGCGAUGCGCCUGCGCCGCCGUGCUUCGAUCACAAACUUCUCAGCGCGCGGCCGGUGCCCACGGUGCUCUACGACCACCCGGAGUACAAGCCGGAGCCAACGCCGCCGCCUCACGCCGUCACCACCGCGUCCACCUACGCGAGCACGCUGAUCACGGUGACAAAAGCACAGGUGAGCGCGCUCAAGGCGCGGUGCGAGGCCGCGUCGACGUUCCGCGCAGUGGUCGCGCUCGUGUGGCAGUGCGCGUGCCGGGCACGGUCGCUGCCGCCAGACGCGGAGACGAGGCUCUACUCCAUGGUCGACAUGCGCCCGCGCCUAUCGCCACCCCUCCCUCCAGGAUACUUCGGCAACGCCGUGAUCCGCACGUCGGCGGCGGCCACCGUGGAGGAGGUGGUGUGCAACCCCGUCGGCCACGCCGCACGCCGCCUGCGCGCGGCGACCAGCCAAGGUGACGAGUACGCGCGGUCACUGGUAGACUACCUGGAGGGCGUGGACACGAUGAACCUGCCGAGGAGCGGCGUCUCGCGGGCGCAUCUCCGUGCCAUCAGCUGGAUGGGCAUGUCGCUGCAUGACGCCGACUUCGGUUUCGGCGCUCCGGCGUUCAUGGGGCCGGCGCUCAUGUAUUACAGUGGAUUCCUGCAUGUGCUCAACGCGGCAGGGAAGGACAACGCCGUCACGCUCGCCCUGUCGCUGGAGCCUGAGUCCAUGCCGGAGUUCAGGAAGGUGUUCGCUGAGGAGCUGGCACGUCUCCAGCCGUAGUAACCGCAGUGCGGAGAUGUGGUCAAGGUUAGGAGGAAACACAAGGUACCACAUGUAGCACGCCAGCUUAAACAUGGACCCUUUUAUGUACUUAAAUAUUUUGUGUAACAUUGUGGAAAGUGUAUGUUGCAUGUAUAUUUUCCAUGCACAAAAAUGAUGUCCCAAUGA